GAAAAUAUACAAAGAUACAGAAUAUAAAUACUUAUUCCUAUCCACCCCUCCAUUAUAUUUUUUUUCCCUUGUAGAUCAUUAAAGAGCGCAAUAAUUUUUUCUAGAAUAGACUGGACCCCUUAGUUUUUUGUAUGUAUGUGAUAGAAAUUGCACGAUGUAAAAAUAAAUAAAUAUAUAUCCAUUGACACACCUACAAAAAUUCCCUCUGUCGAAAUCCUCUCCUUUUUCAUUAGUGCUAUCUUUGUCAUGGUAUAUCUUCCGCGUAUAUUGUGUGUUCCCGUCAAAAAUAACAAAUGUCACUCUUGUGCGCACAUAAGAAUAUCAUCCCACGAUAAAGAAUCUAAAAUAGAGUCUCUAUCUACGGAAUCUAAAAGGAAGAAAAGACAAGUUGACACCCUAGGAGGUUCACUUGUUCCAUCGAAAAGAUUUUUCCCUUUAAAAGAUAGAAAAUACAAAAUGUACAACAGGAAUAUUUCGUCCAAUAUUGUGGAAAUUUUGACUAACCCUUCAAUUAUAAAUUCCAUAGGAAAACUCGCUCCAUUCACAGAUGAUGUUAGUUUUAGUAAAAUCCCAAUAAUUGCUCAUGUAUCCAUUGAUUCCCUUCCUGAAUAUAACAGAUCUUUAUUAUUUUUUAAUAAGAACGGCGGAGUGGAUGAUAUCGAAAUAAACAAUUCUGUGAAAUUAAUGGCAGCAUCCUAGAAUGCCAAAAAGUUGCCUAAAUAUAAUUAUAGAAAUAUUGCCGUGAUAUUUUUACUCACAAUUAUAAAGAGUUUAGUAUAUAAUAUGAAAUAAAUUAAAUAUUUCAGUUUAUUAUAAUUUUUUUUUAAAUUAUAAAUAUAUUUUUUUCCCACAUAAAUAAAUAAUGUAAAUCAUAUGUUUUUGAUAUUAAAUCUUUUUUUAACCUUCUAUAACUUUAAUUAA